ACACAUCUUUUCUUUGUCCAACACUGCUUGGCGCUGGCAAACGCGAGUCGCGUCCACCGUGUUUCCCCCUCAUUAAUAAAGCUCUUUCACCCCCAUCACAGCGACUGUUCACUGUUCAGUGCUACCAGCCAAGAGAUUGACGAAGAAUUCACCAAAUAUGUCGUUCGACACCGACGAGAACGGAUACAACGAUAGUAACCGCGCCUUUCUGCAGGCCUUUCUGGCGCGCGGGUCGAUGACCUUUGCAGAAGCAAGGCCCGUCCUAGCAGCCAUCUUCUCUGUCCAAGAAGGGCAACCCACUCAAGCAGAAGAUGUGACAGAAGAUGAUCUCGCGUCGUACAUUGCAGCAGCCAACACGGCCAUAUCCCCCUUCGAUCUGGAAAUCAGAAGCACCCUCCGACAGACGACAUCGACGCGACCGAACGGCGAUGAUGGCAACGGUACGCAGGAGAUCCGGGCAGCAGAACGAGUGUACGCUCUGGUGAACACGACGAGCGACGCUCUAACGCAACUUGCGUCGAUCUACUCCGCGGACGAGAUCGCGUUCGUCAAACGCGUGCUCGACGCCAUGUUCGACACGCACAACACCAGACGGUCCGAGGCGAUGGUCGUCACCGGCAUCCAGGCGAUGCAGCUCGCAAAGGCCGCGAGCGGGAGUCAGGGUGUGGGCGGGGCGGCACAGUCGCUGCCCAUGUCGCAGGCGGAGAGUGUGAUGAAACAGUUGGUGGACGAGGGGUGGUUCGAGAAAAGCCGCAAGGGAUUCUACAGUCUGAGUCCGCGCGCGCUGCUUGAAUUACGCGGCUGGUUGGUCGCUACAUACAACGAUGACGAGGACGAGGAAGCUCCUCAGAAGAUCAAGUUCUGCGCUGCAUGUCGGGAUAUCAUCACCGUGGGCCAACGAUGUGGAAACCGCGACUGCUCUGGAAGACUACACGAUAUGUGCGUGCGGAACUUCUUCCGGGCCCAGAAGGCGGAACAAUGUCCUGCUUGCAAGGCUCCCUGGCCAGGCGACAAGUUCGUGGGGGAGAGAGCAAUCACGACCUCGGAGCAGUAUCAGCAGGGCAAGCGGAGGAGUACCAACACCCAGCAGCAGGGCAACCGGGAGGAGAGACCUACCGCUGCUGCAAGCACUCCCGACCAAGAUGAUGCGGAAGAAUGAGCUCUCAGGGGUCUCGGCUACGCGUGCAAUCCAUCUACACCAAGACCAAUGGCUGAGGAUAAACAUGGUUAAAUAAAACUGAUACAUCAUAAAGAGUACAACGUUCGUCUGCAUACUCCAGAGUAGUCCAUACUGGUAAACGGGUACCUGCAUAGUUGCUGUACUCAUCGUCGCUCUACCGGACGACAACCAACCUCCAACCCGGCGAAGUCUCGCAGGCUUUCCCGGCCACUCUCUCGUGAGCGCUGUGACUGGCGACUCAUUCUAGAUGGCGACACCUAUCAGUAUGGUCACUAGCUGUCCACACCACAAUUUACUGCUUAGAAUUCAUGCAUAUCAUCCAUAUAAUAUGCUUCUAAAAUAU